UGUUGUAAAUCCAGAAAAUGUAGUAAACUGAUGGAAAAGUACGAGCAACUGUCUGUUGUUGGAGAAGGAUCAUACGGCAUUGUCAUGAAAUGUAGACACCUACCGACAAACCAAAUUGUGGCAGUGAAAAAAUUCCUAGAAACCGAAGAAGACGCAAGUAACAGAAAGGUAGCCAUACGAGAGAUUCGACUGCUGAAAAGACUAAAACACGAAAACUUAGUAACUAUGAUAGAAGCAUUUAGACACAGGAAACGGUUCUAUCUAGUGUUUGAAUUCGUAGAUGGUACCUUGAUGGACGAGUUGGAAAGGGCGCCUUUAGGUCUAGGCGAGCAAAAAAGCAGAGAGAGGAUAUUUCAAGUCCUGAGAGCUAUAAGUUACUGUCACAAGAAUCGCAUUGUGCACAGAGACAUAAAACCUGAAAAUAUUCUAGUUUCCUCGAAGGGUUUGGUGAAGAUCUGUGAUUUCGGCUUUGCAAGGAUUCUCAGCGUGUCUCGCGAACUUUGCACCCAAUAUGUGGCCACUAGGUGGUACAGGGCGCCAGAAUUAUUAGUUGGUGAACGAUACUACGGAACGCCAGUUGACAUUUGGGCUAUAGGUUGCUUGUUCGCAGAGAUGAUGACAGGAGAGCCGUUAUUUCCUGGAAAAACCGACAUAGACCAAUUGCAUCUCAUCGUAAAAGUAUUGGGUAAACCCUGUUCUAGGCAUCAAAAGUUAUUAUCUAAAAAUUCACAGCUCAGAACAAAGUUCAAGGGAAAAUCUGACACCAGUAUUGACCUUAAUAGGCUCUUUUAUUACUGGCCUUUACCAACGAUAAACUUCCUGGAUAAGUGUUUGAAAAUGGAUCCACACAAGCGAUUUAUAGCCGACGAAUUACUUAAGCAUGUUUUCUUUACUGCUGAUCAGUUUCCUACAAGAUUUCUGAUCACCCUAAGAGAGAUGGUCGAGAUAGAAUUCAACAGUCCACUUUUAAAAAGCUUCAAACAUGAGGUUCUGAGGUCAACAGAUAAAGCGGAUAGUGUAGAACAACGAAAAAUGCAACAAAUUCCUAGCUUGUGGAGCAUUACUUUGAAAGAUAACUCAUUGAAACGCAAACUUUUUGUCAAAUAA